GUCUGGUUUCGUCACAGGACUGUCGGACCUCCAUGUUGGAAAAAAAAAACUGAAAUUUUCUGUAGGGGCGUGAAGACACUCAAAGCUGGAGACAAAAAAUAGCAAGAAGACAAGUUUAUAUACCGAUAUAGUUUUGUAUGCCGUGUGUGGGUGUGAAUAAACGUUUCUUCUGCCGUUAAAAUGGGAAACUGCCACACCGUUGGACCGAACGAGGCCCUUGUGGUUUCAGGUGGCUGCUGUGGUUCAGAUGACAAGACGUAUGUCGUGGGAGGUUGGGCAUGGGCCUGGUGGCUCAUCUCUGACAUCCAGAGGAUAACGCUUGAGAUUAUGACCCUGCAGCCCAAGUGUGAGGAUGUAGAGACAGCGGAGGGUGUAGCUAUUACUGUCACUGGGGUGGCUCAGGUGAAGGUGAUGACUGAAAGUGAGCUGCUGGGCUACGCCUGCGAACAGUUUCUGGGGAAAUCAGUGGUGGAGAUCAAGAGUGUCAUCCUGCAGACCCUCGAGGGCCACCUGCGCGCCAUCCUGGGCACCCUCACUGUUGAGCAGAUUUACCAGGACAGAGACAAAUUUGCCUCUCUGGUGCGAGAGGUGGCAGCGCCAGACGUCGGGCGCAUGGGCAUCGAGAUCCUCAGCUUCACCAUCAAAGAUGUUUACGACAAAGUGGAAUACCUCAGCUCGCUGGGUAAAACUCAGACGGCUGCAGUACAGAGGGAUGCAGACAUCGGAGUGGCAGAGGCCGAGAGGGACGCUGGCAUCAGGGAAGCGGAGUGUAAGAAAGAAAUGAUGGAUGUGAAAUUCGUUGCGGACACAAAAAUGGCCGACUCGAAACGCGAGCUGGAAAUGCAGAAAGCCUCCUUCAACCAAGAAGUGAACACCAAGAAAGCUGAAGCUCAACUGGCGUACGAGCUGCAGGCGGCCAAAGAGCAGCAGAAGAUCCGUCUGGAAGAAAUUGAAAUCGAGGUGGUGCAGAGGAAGAAGCAGAUCACGAUUGAGGAGAAGGAGAUCGACAGAACUGAAAAGGAGCUCAUCGCUACUGUGAAGAGACCAGCUGAAGCCGAGGCCUUCAAAAUGCAGCAGCUGGCGGAGGGGCAAAAGAUAAAGAAGGUGCUGACUGCACAGGCCGAGGCUGAGAAGAUCCGCUGUAUCGGUGAGGCGGAGGCCGGCUCCAUUGAAGCCGUGGGAAAGGCCGAGGCUGAGAAGAUGAGGCUGAAAGCCGAAGCCUACCAGCAGUACGGCGAUGCCGCCAAGACGGCUCUCGUCCUGGAGGCUCUACCCAUGAUUGCCAGUAAGGUGGCAGCCCCUCUGUCCAAGACCAGCGAGAUCGUCAUCCUGAGCGGAGAGGGCAGCCGUGUGACCGGAGAAGUGACCCGUCUGCUGGCCGAGCUCCCCGUCUCCGUCAACGCCCUCACCGGGGUGGAUCUGACCAAGAUCCCUCUGCUCCAGAAGAUGACCGGUCAGCAGUGCCAAGCAGCUGUGUGAUGAAGCCGGCCCAGACUGGUCUUUCCGAAUCCCGUCUGUGGUUCUGCCUCAAGCAUGACAGAUUUUCUGCCAGAGACCCCUUAUAUGCAACCACCUUCAACCAGAAACACUUGAUACCAAUCAGGAGCUUUUUUUUUUUUUUUUUUUAAUCUUUUAGUAGUAGAUAAUAGUUUUUAAUUUUGUGAAGGAGGCCAAGUGGGUCCAGAUUGUAUGUAUCGUCUGUUGUUUUUAUCGUACUGAAAUAGUUACCAGGGUAAUACGCUGCCAUGCUGUUCUGUCAUCCAAAGCAGGGGUGGAAGGUCAGCCUGGAGUUUCCGGUCAGCGUUGUGAGGUGGGAGCUGCUGCCUCUUUAUUGGCACCGUCAGUUUACCACUCACAGCUCCCAGUACACUGAGCACUACCCCUCUCUGCUUUUAAAGUCGAUUCUUAAACUUUAGCUUGAUCCUUUUGGAUCUUCACUCAGUUCAAUUGUGAAUUACUUGUAUUGAUGAUCUUUACCUCGUUGUAGAUUGUCACUUCGGGUGUCUUUAUGUCCAGAUGUGCAGUGCCUGUUCAACACUCAAGUGCCCAAACCUUAGACAUGACAGUGGUUUGGCUGCGGUUGGAUUUCUAUCAUUGUUAUAGAUGGAUGUUGUUUAAAACUAACCCCUUACUCUCAUUCUAUCUCCUCAUUUACUUCGCUUUCCUCCUCUCUUCUGCCGUGUUUUUGACACCACAGGAAGUUGCAAAGCAAACCUGUCAUCGGGCAGCCUUAAGAAACCCUGGACGGCUGCCAGGGCCGCCAAACCUUUUCUGUAUUACCUCAAACAGCUUUCAUUAGACAGUCAGGGUCUGCGUUUGAAAUGCGUUUGUUACUCCUCCUUAACCCCCCCCCCCCCUCACCUCGUUGGUCCCUCUGCUCUUUGUGUGUAUUUACCGCCCGCUGACCUCUGUGUGACAGGACAGCCUCGGUUGUCCGGCCUCCACGGGUUUGAAGCGACGUCGCUCCUCUGACGGUUGGAAAAAAGGAAGGUGAUCAGGCUGUAAACGCUGAAUGUGGCGUUUGUGCUCAGGGAGUUGUGCUUUGGUAGAUGUUAUGUGAAAUGCAUGUGUGGAGCAGCUGGGCCGUGACUGUUUUUCUGUAGCACAAAGGACGAAGCGGCAGAGAAACUAAAACAUCCCGUUUUCUGAUCCUUCAAUAUUACUACCAGGUUUUUAAAGCAACAGCAGUGGGAAAUAUUUGUACUCUCUGGCUCCCCCUACAGUCGGUGGGCAGUAACACCUCUGUGUUGAGCACACGGCUGGGAGCCCCUGAAGCCAUACACGUGAAGUAGCUGUUGUGUUCAGAAGUUGUCAAGCGUGAAAAGAUUGGAAACCAAAGUCAAACUUGAGCGUGUGUCAUCCUCCAGGCGCUCCAGGUCAGAUUCAGGGCCGGGGGGAUGUCCACCUCAAAGGUCAGAAUACUUCAAAGUGGACCACAAGGACCCAGUUUGAGGCUUCUCACGUGUCUUUAGUGUUGAGUUCAAAUGACUUGUAAAGUUUAAGACUGUCACACAGACUCUGUACUGCCUGUAGGUAUGCAUAGCCUAAUCUUUUUUUUAUGAUUUGAUCUCUCUUGGAAGUUCCUGUGUAAACAGGCAACCUUUAAACUAAAUGGCAAUUUCAGCAGGAUUCCCGCCGAACUGCUGGUUUUUCAUCAGUCCUGGAGGAAAAAUCUGAUCCUCUGCUUCACCAGAUCAGCUCACUGUGAACUGCUGGGCUUUUUUAAAAUUGAAUAAAUGCCUCUGAAAAACUUUAAUGACCACUUCAGAAUCUAUGAUGGAUAUUUUUGUUACAUUUUGAGUUGACAUGUGGCAGCCUCUUUGUUUUCUGUGAAUUAAAGGCGAGGCUCCGCUUCGUUGCGCUGCGCCGUGCAGCCCCCAGGUUGUUUCUGUUUUUGACAGAUGUCACGUUUGAGACUCUACGCCGCUUAAUUUCUGCCUGGCUAAAAAAAAAAGAAAAGAAAAUAGUACUUAACCUGAUCAGGUGUCAUGUUUCUUCAUUUGGAUGGCUGCAGCUGUCACCAGGCGUUUGGUGCUGGAAGCCUCAUCUUCACAGUUUAGACCUUCACCUUUACGGUCCCACCAAGACCAAUCGCAUAGUUGUGAGCUGUUCUUCUCGCUAAACUGAGUUUACAAUGUGCUGUUUCACCGAACAAAAUGGCUGAAAAUGCCUUUUGCUGUUCUCAUUUUAAUUUAGGCGGUCAGUCUUUCUCAGUGCCUUUUGUUGAACGAGGUCAAUCGUAUGCGAGUGUGAAGGUUCUUCUCACAUUAGGAAGCAUCAACACAGCUUACCAUAGGAGUUUGCUUUAGGGCAAAGACCAAGUAACAGGUGGUCAUGUUUUAUGUUAAACUAAUCGUUCUUCCUCCACUUUCAUGUGCUUCAUGACAUUCUGUUCUAAAACUGUAUAAGGGAACAUUCAUAUCUCUAAAUAUAGAUAUCUAUAUAUAUACAUUGAAAUGUGUGUAGUUAAAUGUAUAUUUUUUAGAGGUUUUUAUGGGAGACCGGACCUCAUCCAUUCUUUUUUGGCCAUUAUAUAUGUGUCAAAGUGUAUCAACAUUUGCAUUCACUAAUCAGAAAUGUGUCCUCUUGUUACUCCCUGUAGCAUUUUGAGAGAAUGACCAAACAUUUGAAACCUCUGCCUUAACAGCCAUCUGCAUCAUCGUCUAACAUAGAAACAACCUGUUCUGUCUCUUAACAUUAUACUGAGAGUUUAUCGUGUGGCCUCUUGUGUAAAGAGAAGAGAUCCAGCAUGGGAAUUUAAGCAUGUUACUCUGUGUUGUGUGCCACCUUUCAAUAAAUGCUGUGUCACCCCCCGUCGGCCCAAGAGUCUCUUUAACUUGGACGUUUUCAAGGUUUCGCUUAUGAGAGACAAUUCCUGGUGAAAUGAGUGCAGGAAAAUUGGCGUCACCGUGAUAGGCUGAAUCUGUAUUUUAAGGGUGAAUAAAAUCUUAAGUUUCAAAACUGAUAGUGAGGAUGUGUCGUUACCACCUAACACCAGAAGAGGUCGCCAUAAGAACAUGCUACAAUAAUGUCCUCUUAACUAGAAAAACUAGUGGAGAACAGAUAUGAAGCAUGGAGACUCUCCAUAAAAAUAUGAAAACUGUCCAUAGUGUCAGUAAGGCAGAUUUUCACGAUUGUAUUAAAAAAGGCACGUGCUCCACAGUCCUUGGUCUGUGUGGACAGAAGCAUUUUGGAGCUCAUGCCCCAAAGCCAAAGGGCAGAGCAAAGCUGUGAGAACAGACAAAGCUAAAUAAAAUAUCCUCCACUCUCAAUAAUGUAGAAAUGACUAAAUAGAAGCUAGUUGUGCAUGUAAGACACCAGGGAGCCUCUUAAGCUUAUCGAUCUUGAUGUCUUCAGUUUCUUUUUUGCUUGUUGGCCGGUUCCCUCCCUCUUAACUUCUGUAGAAUAAAAACAGUUUAUUUUGUUGCUUCUGCUUCCUGUUUCCACUGGCCAUUGCCUCAGCUGUAAAUCAUUUUGUAAUCUUUCCCACAGCACUGGACUCUUGGGUUUCUGUUUUCAUCCUCUUAUACUCCCAAGCCUGAUGGGCUGAAAAGAUCCUGCAUAAUAAAGAAAACUCUUUCUUCAGACUUACAUGCAUACACAUAUAUGUGUGUGUGUAUAU